GGUCCAGUGUGAAGGAUUUGAUUUAGGGGGAAACAGGCAGAAAUGGAGCAUAAUAUAAGCAUGUUUUCUUUAAUACACGUUCUCAGUGGGUGUUGGCCUCCACCAGGGUUGUCUUUUGUCAUCGAUCCUGUUUGUAAUCUUCAUGGACAGGCUCUCAAGGUGCAGCCAGGAGGAAAGGGUCCGGUUUGGGGAUCUCAGAAUUGCAUCCCUGCUUUUUGCAGAUGAUGUGGUUCUGUUGGCUUCAUCACACCGUGACCUCCAGCGUGACCUGGGACGGUUUACAGUAAGUGGGGAGCGGUUGGGAUGAGAGUCAGCACCUCCAAACCUGAGGUCAUGGUUCUCUCCUGCAAGACGAUUGCUCCCUCUGGGUUUGGGGAGAGUUACCGUCCCAAGCAAAGGAGUUAAAGUAUCUCAGGGUCUUGUUCACGAGUGAGGGUGGAGUGAAAUGGACAGGCUGUUUGGCGCCACGCUGGCCCUUUGUGGUGAAGAGGAAGCUGAGCCAGAAGGCAAAGCUUUACUGGUUCAGCUACAUGCCAACCCUCACCUAUGGUCAUGAGCUCUGGGUAGUGACUGAAAGAAUCAGAUCACAGAUACAAGCGGUUGAAAUUAGUUCCCUUAGAAGGGUGUCUGGGCUCAGCCUUAGAGAUAGGGUGAGGAGCUCGGACAUGUGGAGGGAGCUCAGAGUAGAGCCGCUGCUAUUCUAACUGAAAGGAGGAUUUCAAGUCAUGGUAGAUAAUCAGAGUCCUAAUGGUGUAGUAUUUAAAAUGAAUGUCCCACCCCCCAUGUGAGUUUUCUUUGAGACCAUUUGCACUCAUUAUAUAAAACCUAACAUUUAAAAUAGCUUAAGUAGACGUUAAACAAAAUGCUGACUUUUUGUUUUCAUUAACAAAUGUUUUGUGUGUAAAUGACCCUUAGUUGAGCAUAGAAUUUAAAUGCUUACAAAAUACAUACCCAAGACAAACAACAACAAAUUACACAAUGUUAAUAUCAUAUUUAAUCUAUAUAAUUUAUAUAAGGCUUUACAAAUGCUGUUUUCAUUGCUUUACCAUUCUUCAAUCUGUGUAAUGUUUCGACAUAGUGUCAAAAUUCUCUUUUCAGUUUAUGUACGUGUGGCUUUGUUUUGGGCCAUUUACAUUUGUGAAUAUAAAAUGUUCCAAAUAAAAUAAAGAGGUUCAAAAUAAACAUUAUUUUGCAAUCAAUAAAACUCGUAUCAUGAAAAAGAAAUACAGUGUCUCUUUUUAAAAAAAAUAAUAAAAUAUUUGAACCAGUCAACAUCUUAAAGAAAUGUUCUAGAUACAUACAAAAUAAAUGUUACAAAUAAUUUCAAUUUCAUAAUUACAAAACGCACAUUUUCCAUCAGUUCACAUCUGAAUCUAGAGAGCACCUGCUUUACAGAAUAAUGUAUAAAUGUAAAUGUGUAACUUUAAGUGAAACUUCUGAUUUUGUGGGUGUCACAAUAUUUCUCAAAGUUCCAGUCCGACAAUUAUCAUUUAAGAAACUUUACUGAACAAUUUAGAUUUACAACAAUAAGAUAAGAUAAAUAUUAUCAGAGUAAAUUGGCAUGAAACUGGGUAGAAAAGAAAAAACAGAGAAGGAAAAAAUUUUGUCAGCCCAAAUAAAGGACAAAAUAAAAUAGUUAACAGAAAAAAUAAAUAAAUAAAGAUAAAAAUAAAUAAAACAUAAAUUAAUAAAAAUAAUACAAAACAAAGUUAUUUGGUCUUUAUUUGAAAGUGAACCGUUUUUAUUUUCAGGUUUCAGUCCGAAAAUUAUUUUAGUGUCCAAAAUAAAGCGUGCUACGUCAUGACGGCCGCCGACGGUGCGUCAUCGCAGUCUCCGCCUUUCUCAGGGAAAGCACACAUUCCUAUUGUCCAAGAUGGCGGCGUAGGUGCAGACCCUCCGCGGCUGACAUGUUUUUAAACGUUUUUAUGCCUUUAUCCCGACAUAUAUGCAACAACCCGGGGCUCGGACUGGAAGCGUGUGUUUGUCGAAGCCGUCGUCUGCCACGUUGUUUCUGCUAACACCCCUGCAGUUCGCCCCCCAGGCCGGAUUCCCGCUGCAGGCACCGAAAAGUUUGGGCUCCAUCAUCCUUUGAAGAUGAAGAGGCAGGCCGGGAGAGAGACUAGUCCGUCCAGGGCCGUCGCUAAACGGAUACGGGAAAGGGAACGAGAGAGUGCACGGAGGGAGGAGCUGCCGCCGCCGCCGCCGCUGGCUCUGCUGCUGGCGGAGAGCCGGGGAUACCACCGACGGAGCCGAAGCAGGGAGCGGGAGAAGCCGCGGCUGAGGGAGGAGCGAGCGGCCGCCCUGGAGCUCCACCACCGACACGAGCUCAGCCUCCUCGGCCGUCCGCCGCUACGGACCACGGCGGCGGUGGAGCUCCCCGCCGCCAGACCGGGCACUCUGGAGUACAAAACGCUGCUCAUCAGCAACCUCGGCUCGCAGGUCACGGACGAGGACGUGGAGGACGCGCUGUUUCACGAGUUCAAAAAGUUCGGGGACGUCAGCGUGAAGCUGUCGCACACACCGGAGCUGGGCCGGAUCGCCUACGUGAAUUUUCGGCACCCGGAGGACGCCAAAGAGGCCAGACACGCCAAAUCCUCCAGGUUAGUUUUGGGUGACCGACAGCUUAAAAUUGAACCCAUGUACGUCAGGAGGCGGAGCGUCACGCCGCCAGAUGCUGGAUAUUUGCCUCUGCACGCACCGUACCCCUACAGACAGCGCUCCCUGUCCCCGCCCGGUCCCGGGGUGAGUAACAUCAGAGACAUCAGGGCGAGACAUUACGCCUUGGAGACCCUGGGUAUCAGCAGGGAGAGGGAGAGGCUCUUGGAUUAUUAUGGUAUGCUGGAUGAGAGGGGCCGGCCCUAUGGCUUCCCUCCAAUGCCAGUGGUGGAGGAUUUAAAACCUGAGGAUGAUCAGAGGGCGACCAGCAACCUUUUUAUUGGCAAUUUGGACGGUAAUGUUACAGAAGUAGAACUAAGGAGGGGGUUUGACAAGUAUGGCAUCAUAGAGGAUGUUGUGAUUAAACGCCCAGCCCGUGGACAGGGUGGGGCGUAUGCUUUUGUGAAGUUUCAGAACCUGGACAUGGCCCACCAGGCCAAGGUGGCCAUGCAGGGGCGGCUUAUGGGUGGAAAUCCAAUAAAGAUUGGCUAUGGCAAAGCUAACCCCACCACACGGCUCUGGGUGGGCGGCCUUGGGCCUGGAAACUCCCUGGCUGCCCUCGCUCGGGAGUUUGACCGCUUUGGAAGUAUAAGGAAUAUCGACUAUGUUAAGGGGGACAGUUUUGCUUACAUUCAGUAUGAAAGUCUGGACGCUGCUCAAGCCGCCUGCACCCAGAUGAGGGGGUUUCCGUUAGGUGGUCCGGAGCGGCGACUGAGGGUGGACUUUGCUAAAGUUGAGGAGAGCCCCUCCCGGCCAUUUCCUCCUGGUUACCAGCCUCCUGUCGCGGUACCCUCCCACUAUGAUCUCCUCGGGGAGGCCUACAGCCGUCAUCGCAGCCUGGAGCGGGAGCUGAGGGGAGUCAGGGACCGCUCGUCGCCACCCUCCCACAGCCUCCUCUCCCAGAGGGAGAGAGAGAGGGCCCUGUUGGAGAGAAACUACCCCACCAGCCCCACCCGUAGCCUGGAGAGGAGAAUGGGAGGAGUGGAAGCAUUUGGGAGGAGUGGGAGAGCAGCAAGGAGCCGCAGCAGGAGCAGGGAGAGGUGGCUGAAGGAGAGGGAGGAGAGGAGGAGCAGGAGGAGGAGCAGGAGUGUGUCCACUGACAGGCUGACAGAGGAGAGGGAGAGAGACAGGGAGAAGGAGAGGGGGAGGUCGAGGGUUCGAGGUCUGGGUGGGGCUGUCUCUCCUGACGCGAGCCCAGACAGAGCGCGGGUUCGAGCUCCUGACUCCACCACAGAGCCCAGAGACCACUCCCCCGAGAACGGAGGAGGAGGGCGACACUCCGCCAGCAACGAAGAAGAUCCACCAUUUGGCCGCCACCACAGCAAGAGGUCCAGCGAGCAUCUCAACAAUCAUCACCAUCGAAACAGCGAGGUCAUCGCCGCCGUCUCCCCUGCGAUCCACACGGACACCCACACCUCCUCCUCUCCCAGCACGCUGUCAGAGUUCGCCCAGGCGUCGCUCUCCAAAUCGUGGCACGGCUUCUUUGCUCUGAAGAACAGCAGUUUCCCCACAGACCUGUACAUGCUGGAGGGGGGUUCCACGUUCUUCAACACGGUGAUGAAGGACACCCUGAAGCUGCAGAGCCAGAACCAGCCCAGCCAGCUGAAGAUCGCCCAGAGGCUCCGCAUGGACCAGACCCGACUUGACGAGGUGUCGCGGCGCAUUAAACUCGGGCGGCCUGAUGGGUUCGCCAUCCUUUUGGCUCUCCAGGGCCCCAUCGACCGCCAGGCCCCGACCCCCGAGCCAGGCCUGCAGGCACGCUUGCUCCGCCACCUGGUGACCUACCUGCGGAACAAGGAGGCCGCUGGAGUCGUGAGCCUGCCUGCUGCAAAAGAGGGGGGGCCUGGGGCCAUGCUGUACGCCUUCCCACCUGGAGUGUUCUCACAACAGUACCUGCAGGCCGCCAAAAGGACUGUGGGUAAUCUGGACGAGGAGCACAUGGUUAUUGUGAUCGUCAAUGACACUAAUUGAUUUUAACACUGAAGAGAACAUACAUGUACAGACACUAAAGGCAUGCACACACACACACACACACAGAGCGAGCUGAGAGGAAACUCGCCUGACGACAAAUACUUCCAUGUUGUUUUCACAAAGAUGCAUUUUAUCGUUUUGUCCAGUAUCUUAAUAAUGAAACACAGCAACGUACACUACACGUCUCUCUUCUACUCUUCCUCAUUUAUUACACCGGGGGAAUUAAACGUUAAAAUGGUCUGUGAUGAAAAACACUUAAAGGAGAGGGGACGUUAAUGAAAGGCCUGCCGCACACACAGGCAGCACUGUUGCUUUUAUACUCUAAGCUGUAACAUACGACACUAAAUCUGAGGGUUUGUUUAUAUGCUCGUUUACUUUAUUUGUGUUCCUUUUAUCAGAAGUCGUUCUGUAUAUCCAGUAUAUGUGGGACUGGGAGGUUUUAUACCAAGUGAUUGUACUGUAAACUGAGUGGGAAAGUGAUGCCAGCUGAGUCUGGCUCAGGCUACUCCAGUUUGUGUGCUCUACUGGCUUCUACUCGCAGGUUGAGACUGUUGUGACGUGGUUUUAUUUCUUUUUGUUAAAAGCACCAGCCGCCACAGCCAGUAGAGACAAAAGUGAAUUUCCUGACCCGUCCCUGUGACUGUGUAUUUUACAUAGGUAGUGUUUUAUCAAUUGAACCAUUCCAGUUUCCUUUUUGUUUUGAGAGUUGUGAGCGUGUCAGUUUGGUCUGUCGUUGCAUGCAGGAAAAGAGAAAAAAAAAAGAUGCUAUAUCUUGUCUGUCUUUCAGAAACCUGUCGUCACUUGAGAUGUUUCAGUUUGCUGGAGAUUCGUGUUCCGCUGUCAUACCGGUGCGAGGUCUGUUCAUGUUACUAGUUCAGAUUUUAUAUUGUAUAACGGCUUUUAUUCAAUUUUAAUACAUGAAUCCAUCCAUCUCUCAUCCAUCCAUGCUCCUGUCUCUUUUCAUCUGCCGUCACUGUAGCUUCAGUCAUGUCUACCUGGUCCCAUAGUGCGAACGUCAUUUACAGGGAAUUUUGGUGUAGAAACCAGAACAGUUGAUGCUUAAAGUGAUUGCACCGACUUUAAAGGGAGUGUUUGGAUUUUUUUGAAGUGGGGUUGUAUGAGGUAUUUAUCCAUAGUCAUUGUGUUAAGCCGCUGUCCCACUGCACGACAAACCUGCUAAUAUCUGGCUUUUUAAUGCAGUGGGAAAGGUUUAAAUCGGCAUUCACACCGGGGUCGAAUCACUGCAGUAGACACGUGUCACCUCAGACUCCGAACAGCAUUAAUAGGAGGGGUCAUCCCUAUGUUUCCCGGGUUCUAUGUUCCCCACUCAACCAAAAAGGGUUCUAUGUUUCCCGCUUGGUUGAGCAGGGAACAUAGAACCUGGGAAACAUAGAUACGCUCCCUAAUAGGAAUCACGUGAACGUGCUAAUUUCAGCUCCUCUACCGGUGAGAUGCAACAAAACACCGUCUGUCUCCACACAUGCUGCUCUAAAAACAUUAAUCCAAAUGGGUCUGCACCGAGUUUGAAAGAGAGACUGAAUCACAAAGAGAUGUAUAGAAACAAGUAACCUACUACUACUGUUUACCUGUUCUCCGGCCUGUCCGUGACGUUGAACAUGACACACACAAAAAAAACACACAGAAAGGCGGACUCAUCUGCUGCAGAGCCGCUCUGGUGUGCUGGCAACAGGAAAAGAGUCGACAGCCUAUUUUUAGUUGGUUCACCUGUGUUUUUAAAAGGGUGUUGCGUUUGUAGAUGGUGAUCAGUUUGGAGAAGCAGACAGGCGUGCAGCCACAGACGCUAAGCGAUGUACUGCUGUGGACAGGAGCAGCAGCUAAACAUACUCUAGACACUGAAAAAAAAAAAGUAUCAGUUUAAAUGUACGCUCUAUUUAAAAUAUUUUCAUCGCUCUAUCUUGGCAUCAGACAGCCUCUCUGAUGUGGAGCUGAUGCUGUUACGUUGCUCUCUUUUAAGCCACCAGACGCCACUGACAAAAGCAUUUUUCCUCACUGGACACGGGACACGGGACAUGCUCGCCUGUCGCUGCCUCGAUAGUUUGUGUUGUGUGACUUUGGUGAAUCCAAACUAACCUAUUAAACAGCAGAGACACACAGCACACACAGAUGUCCCGUCAGGAGAGGCUAACCAGGCAAAAGGGGCCUGAUGACAUAAUGCUGACACAUUUUGCAGUGAUAGCAAUAACCUAGGCUCGCUGUGACUGGUGUUACAUGGUGUUUGGGCAUACACAGCUUACAUUAAUUGCCAAACGCCCCGGCUGUCGUAUUGCUUUUUUAAAUGAAUGCUUAGUGUGACGAUGGCUGCACUGAGUGGCAGCUCAAAAUAUUAUAAGUGAGAUUUUCUCAUCACGUGAUGAGCGUAAGGAGAGUUGACAGACAAGACGAUGGUGGAGAAGUCAGUGUCAAAGCAAAAACUAGGAGGCUUCUUUGCCGAUGGAGUCAGAGGUAGACCAGUGAUCCUAAGGAGUCUGGUGGCUGUAAAGAGAGAGCAUAGACGGAUACAGCGGCUUCAGUCUCCGUCAGAAUCUCUGUCUGACAGCGAGGUAAAGUGCUGAAGUGUAGCUUACACUUAACGUGACACUGAUUUGUUUUUUAGGUGGCUGAAAUAUGUUUUGUUGCUGCGCCCGUCCACAGCAGCACCUCGCUGAGCUCCCACGGUGGUGCUGCAGCCUGCUUCUCUAAACUCUGGGCGUGUCGACUGACAUCUACUGUAGGUAAUACUCUGACUGUUAUAGUGCCUUAUACAACCCAGUUAAAAAAAUCCCAACUGUCCCUUUAAAUUUCCCUCAAAGCUCUUUAAUUAUCUCUAGAAAUAUACAAGCAACACAUGCAUGCUGAUUUCAGUCAGACUCACCUCAGGCUAAAUCUUUUCCAACAGCUGCAGAGAUAUGUCUUCAUGUCUUCAGCAUUAAUCUCUUGCGAUUUUUGUAACUGAACCGGCGCUGACUUAAUUUUUUACCAUUAAUGUUGAGUGAAUGUUUGUGCCAAGAUGAUGUGUCAGAGGAAAAACACUUGUCCCACCCAGAUGAUGAUGAAUGAAACCUUAGAGGGCAGAGAAAUAAAAAAAUGCGGAAAUAGUUCUGCUCACCUAAGAUGGCAGACGUACACUUAUUCUGUUGUCAUGGAAAUGAAGUGUUGUUAGUGUGUGACGGCUAGUUGUCACGGAAACAGGCAGCUCUUCACCUCUACAUUGUUUAUCUGUGUGUUCGUUGCUGUUUGCACCAACCAAAUGAGAAUGUAUAGCUCCUAUAGAAGACGUGUGAUACCUCAUGUAGUCUGGGCGGUGUUGGUGACGUCUCUCAUCAUCUCAGCUCUGUGCUGCACGUCGGCUACGUUUACUCCAUCUGGUGUUUUACUGACACCAGAUCAAGGUUGGUUAGAGCCUGAAAAUGUUUCCCGUUCUGUCACGUCAUGAGGAAAUUAAACCUGAUGGUGUUCGGAUUUUAACACUGUCGUCAUUUUACUUUGAAAAGGAGCAGUAAACACUGCGUCUGCUCAGUGAAGUGAGGACUGAAGAACUAGACGACAUGUCAGACUAAAGAUAAACAUGUUUGUUUAAUGCCCACCGUUUGUUUACAGCACAAGCAGCUUAAUAUGUAAAAGUUAAGACACAAAACACAUCUAGAUCUUAAAGGGAUAGUUUGAACUGGGGUUGUAUGAGGGGUGCUUACCCACAGUCAGUGUAUCACAUACAGUAGAUGUUAUUCAGCACGCCCCCAGUUUGGAGAAGCAGACUGGAGUCAACAUGGAAGCUUAUCAGUUUGCUGCUGUGGAUGGGUCAGCAACAAAACGUGUUUUAGCCACCUAAAAAAUAUAUAUCAGUUUAAGUGUACACUUCUGUCAGACAGCCUGUUCUGACAGGGAGGCGUUAACGGCUUCAGUUUCUUAUCUAUACUUGUCAAAGCCACCAGACUCCAUCGACAAAAACAGUAAUUUUAGCUCACUGAACACAGGAGCUGCUGGUCGACUGCUGCCUCUAUCAGUUAGUUCGUUUGUGUAAUUGUGUGACUUUGGUGAAUGUGAACUAACCCUUUUGAAUGCCAAAGCCACACAAUAACACAAAUAAAACACCUGUUAGAGGCAGCAGUGGAGCAGCAGCUCCUGUGCUUAGCCAAUGUUAAAUCACUGUUUUUCUCAGUGGAGUCUGGCUUUGUAGAAAGUGAUUUAACAGCUUCAUUUUCCAGAUGGAAAUCACUGUCUGACAAUAAUGUAAGUCAAUGAAAAUAUUCUACAUAUAACGUACACUUAAACUGAUAUUGAUUUUUUUUUUUUUUUUUUUUGAGGUGGGACUUUUUUUAGGCGGCUAAAACUGAUUUUGUUGCUGACCCCUUCACAGCAGUAGAUUGAUUAGCUUCCAUGUCCGACUCCAGCCUGCUUCUCCAAACUGGGGGUGCACCACCUGCCAUCUACUGUAUGUGAUACACCGACUAUGACUAAGUACCCCACACAACCCCACUUCAAAAAAUCUGAACUAUCCCUUAAAAGAACAUGUUCUUGAAGAGCAUUUGCAAGUAGAAAAGACAGGGCUGCAGCUAACUAUUACUAAUACAGAUUCAUCUUUAAUUAUCUUUAAAUUAAUUAAUCAUCCAUAAAAUGUCAGGUAAAACUACAUUUUGCCCCCCACAGUCUGCAUGUCUGAGGUAUAAUUCAAAAUGCUUUACUUAAGACAAGAAAGGAAUUCAGAGAACAAAAAAAAAAGUCCCAAAUGUGAAGUAAUUGAAGUAAUAUCCACCUGCAGACAAAAAGUCAAACUGUGUGCAGGAGGCAGUGUCUCUGUUGUAAAUGGACAUCUUAAUGUGGAGCCUAGUUUUCAUUCUUUCGUUCUGUCAGGCAGACGGUAGACAGAAAGCAGCUUUUGAACGGCACAGGAAAAACAAACGACAUAAUGUCAGGACAGUAAAACCAAACAUGCAUGACAAAUUGUUGCGAUGGUGAUGCCGACUUGUUGACAAAGAAUGGAAUAAAAUAUAUUAAUGAAACUAUUUUGGGUUUAUUAUUUGAUGUAAUUACUCCAGUAAGUGUCCAGGAGCUACGCAACAUCCAGAUGUAAAUCCUGUCAUGGGUGGACGGCAAAGAGCUAAGAUAUUUAAACCUUUGAUACCAUUGUUGGUAUGUUCUGCCACCUUUCAUUAUUUUACUGCUCUGCUCUGAAAUGACAUCCUGUUUCCUGUCGACCGUCUGCCUGAUCCCAUGUGAACGCAGCAGAACUGCCAGUGCUGGAAAGUAACUAUUUUAAUAGUAUUUGUACUUGAGUAUUUCCAUUUACGCCUCCGUUACAUUUGUACUUCUUACUCUGCUUUUACAGAUUAUUUGACAUACAAACGCUUGCUGGUAAAACUCUGUGAUUUUCAGUGAAAAAAGUGCCCUGGUUAUAAAGUAAUAUUCGUCUGGAAAUGAGUCGAUAAAGUUUUCCUUUCAUAUAAAAAGUGAAACAUCUGCAGCAUCUGUAGCACUUUAAUCUGUUUUCAGUAGAAUUCAUCUCCCAGCUGGCUGACAGCAACAUUAGCAGGGUUGCGACAGUAUGAAAUUUUUAUAGGCUCAGAAAAUAUUGUGGUUUCAUGGUAUCCCGGUAUUAAAGAAUUUAUCUUAUUAUCAGUCAGAAUGAGCCUCAAAGGAAUGAAAGCAGAAGGGUUCAAACCAUUUUGUUAAUGUGAGUUUGUGUAAAAAGUCUCCCCUUUGAAAAAAACUUAAAAUAAAAGGGAGAUUCAACAUUAAGUAUAAAUUUUUUUUUCAAUAUCGUAGAUAAGCAACUGUACACGGUAAAUAUCAGCUUUUAUAUCACGGUGUACCUUAAAAACCCCGUACAUCUCUGCAACCCUCAUCAUUAGACGUUGAUAUUUGGUUGAAUCUAGGUUGUGUCAUCGUGUGACCAAAAUUCAACGUCAGGACAACAUCAUCAGUUUGAUGUAGAAUACUGACGACAGAUGAUGAUAUUUUGUUUGUAUUAAGUUGUGGCGUUAAUUAACUAAAAUCAAACGUCGUAUGCCAGCGUCACCAUGACGUAAUGACAUUUAGUCGUAAGCUUUGAGAGAACAAAACACAACGUCUGCAAAUCGCGACAUUGUUAAUGUGACAUAUUUAAAAUAUCAUCAACCCGAUUUUCAUUCCAACCCAAAUUUAACAUCUGCCCGACAUUUGAGUCCAGCAUCUUUCUGACAUCGUAUGGUCGUCCGGUGCCAGCUGGCUAAUUUCACUAAUUAAGUGAAAAUCAAAUUUUUCCAAACCUUUAAUGCAGCAAUCUGCUUUAUUCGCUCUGGAUUGAUUGAAGACACAGACACUGCUUUGUAGAACAUUUAUAAAACAAGUUGAUUGAAAUCGGGUUGAAAUAUUCUCACUGCAAAAUCAGGUGUUAGGACUGAAUCACAAACAGAAAUGAUUUUGUAAGAGUGAGGUUUUGCAGAUUAAAAAGCCCAACACUUUUUAAAAUAGUUAAAAUCAGUUCGCCUCCACAUCUGUGAUGAUAUUCCUAAAAUAUAUAUAUAACACUACAAAAGGGACCAUUCUCAUCAUGAGCACUUCUGAUAUUUUAAGUAUAAUUUGCUUUUGUACUUUUAAGUAAAAUUUUAGGGCUUUCACUUUAUAUUUACGUUGUAGCAUCCUGUUACUGCUUCUUUCACCACCGAACUACCAUUUUAAAUUCUAUUUUUUCCAUUUUCACCAACUGUCUUAAAAGUACCUUUGAUUUUCUUUUUUCUUUUUGUUUAAGCCACCACAACACAUGCAGCUUUUCAUUUGUGUCGCCUUGUUAUUGGUCUGAAAGUUGCUCCAUCCAGCAGUAAUGGCUCGAAUGUUUUUGAAUAAUAAAAACAGAUAUGUUCACGUGGAGAGUUUGAAACUGACGAUAAUCAGCCAGAAAAGCUCCUCAUUCUCCUGAAACAGAAAGAAAAAACGAAGACUUCAAAAUAAAUGUGUUCAUGUAACAUAACACGUCGCUGAAUGUUCAUCCCGGCACCAGUCGUAUAAAUGUACCAGUUUUGUACAAUAUGCUGUCAAAGAAAAUAAAAAAUACUUUUUAUAUCAAGCUCCCCCGAUGAACGACACGUCGUGAAUACACUUCCCUUUUCCUGUCUCCUCUAAACUGAUGGUGUUGCUGUGUUAUGACCAAUGAUGAUGAUGUUACACAGACCAGGCAGAGUUCAAAUCCAUGACGACAAUCGGUUUUGUACACAGACUCCCUCUUUGGUUUUGUUUUCGUGUCGACAUAGAAACAUGUAUUCUGUAUUGAAAGAAAAUGUAAUAAACAUUUUAUGCUCUUUCCAAGA